ACCGUCUAUUCCAUUGAUGAGACUAGUAGUUCAGUACCUAAUUACUGUUUCUGUGUUGCGGUUUGGCAUUGGCACUAGACUGUUUGUUUUGUUUUAAGUGAACGUUUGUUAAAUAUAGGAUCGUUAAUUGAAAGGUAGCUAUAAUCAACAGGAACAAAAGUUAUGGAACUUCCAGCGAAUCGGGAUUGGGAACUUUUAGUAACUACGUGAUAGGCAUUUUGAUCAAAGCAUGAUCAAGGAAUGAAUUUGACCGUUUAUUUUACCACCGUCAGUUAUACACUAUUUUGAUCAAUAAAGUUAUUAGUUACAAAAAGGAUGUCCAGAAUAGCAACAAACCGAAUAACUGGGUCCCUACUGAAGAUUUUAAAAAAUAAAUCAGCUUCGCCUUCGUGUAAUGUACUACCGGACAAAACGUACCUCACGUACACUCCAAGAACCGUCAUCAAGUCAACAUUUCCUGAUAUCGAACUCCCGAAAGAGAAUUUAGUGCAGCACGUUUGGAAACAUACAGAUAACUGGGACGACAUUCCCUGUACGACAUGUGGAGUGUCUGGUCGAAAUUACACCUACGGAAUCUCUAAGCAUGGCAUUAGCAAGUGCGCCCAAGCUCUAUUAGCUGAAUGUAAACUGAAGCCAGGCGACGUAGUUGCUCUACUGUUGCCAAAUAUACCAGAAUUUUUGAUUAUUAGUCACGGUAUAUUCACCGCAGGUCUCAUUCUAUCCUUCGCAAAUCCUUUGUACACGGAAGAUGAGUUAAGGCGUCAGUUUCAAGAUUCCAACGUAAAGGCCAUAGUAACAAUAUCGCUGUUUCUGGACGUUGUUUUAAAAGUAUCGGCGGGAUUACCUGAUUAUAAAACAACGAUAUGCGUCGGAGGGGCCGAUGAUGCGGUUAAAAACGUACGUUCGUUACAAAAUUUGAUCAUGGAGGAUUACAACGUAGAGCUUCCAAAAGUUGAGCUUCAAGAUGUUGCCAUGAUAUCCUACUCGAGUGGUACGACCGGGUUACCGAAAGGUGUCAUGUUGUCGCACGAAAACUUGGUCGCCAACCUAAUGCAAUUAGAUCAUCCUAAUUUAUGUACUUUGAAACCAAACGAAGUUAAUAAAAAGGGUCUAACCGUUCUACCUUAUUUCCAUAUUUAUGGAUUUAAUUCCAUUAUGAAUUUGAGUGCGAAAUUAGGAAUCUCGCUGGUUUCGUUACCAAAGUUUACUCCGGAAGAUUACAUUAAAGCGUUGUUAGAGCAUAAGCCUUACUUCCUAUUCGUUGUACCAUCUCUGCUAUUGUUUCUAGCAACUCAUCCAUCUGUGACUAAGAAUCACUUAUCGUCGAUAGAAAUUGUGAGUUCGGGAGCCGCACUUGCUUCUGAAUCUUUACUGCAAAAAUUUCGAGAUAAAGUCGGGAGAGACAUAAUGAUUAGGCAAGGAUACGGAAUGACCGAAUCGUCCCCCGUGAUAUUGUUUUCGCCAAGAAAUUUGCCGAAAUCGAAGAAAAACACCAUUGGACUUUUAGUGGCAAACACUGAGGCGAAAAUAAAGACUUUAGUUGGCAAUAGGGAUACUGAGCCAAACACGCCAGGAGAACUUUUAGUUAGAGGACCCCAGGUGAUGAAGGGAUAUUUAAAUAAUCCGGAAGCUACAAAACAGAUGUUCACAGAAGAUGGUUGGAUGCAUACUGGCGACGUGGUUUAUUACGACGAUGAUGGAUAUUUUUACAUUGUUGAUAGGUGCAAGGAAUUGAUUAAAGUUAAGGGAAACCAGGUAUCUCCGUCGGAAUUGGAGAGUAUCAUUUUGGAUCUUCCGGACAUAGCGGAUGUUGCAGUAGUUGGUAUUCCAGAUACAUUAUCCGGGGAACUGCCACGCGCAUUUGUGGUGAAGAAAAAAGACGCGUUAAUUAGCGAAAAUGAAAUUUUGGAGUUUGUGCAUGGGAAGGUGGCGCCAUACAAACGAAUAAUGGGUGGAAUUAAAUUUAUAGAUUCCAUACCACGAAAUCCUAGUGGCAAAAUAUUGAGAAACGAACUAAAAAUUGCAAAGUGUACUUAACUUUGGAAAUUUGUUGCGAUACUUUGUAACGGUAGAAAUAAAUAUACAUCUAUUUUUAGUAUUGUUCGAAUGGCAUAUUUGAUCUAAGGUUACUUAUUGUAGUCUAUGUUCUAAGCUAAUAAUAAAUAAAUAAUAAAAUAACUUUA